AAUGGUGCCGGCGUCUUUGGUGGCCUGUCUCUGGGAGUCGUUGAAAUAAGCGGGAACGGUAAUGACGGCGUCUUUGAUUUCCUUACCCAAAUACGCCGCCGCCACCUCCUUCAUCUUGGUCAACACCAUCGAGCUGAUCUCCUCCGGAGCGAACCUCUUGGUGUCGCCUAAACAUUUUCGUAUAUACAAAAUAAAGAGUCGGGAAUCUGAUAGCGAAUGUACCUUUGAAGUGCACUUGGAUCUUGGGCUUGCCGUUGUCGUUGACGACUUUGAAGGGCCAGUGCUUGAAGUCCUGCUGUAUCUUGGGGUCGUCGAAUCGCCGGCCGAUCAGCCGCUUGGCGUCGAAGACGGUGUUGCUGGGGUUCAUGGCGACCUGGUUCUUGGCGGCGUCGCCGAUCAGCCGCUCGGUGUCGGUGAAGGCGACGUAGCUCGGCGUCGUCCGGUUGCCCUGGUCGUUGGCGAUGAUCUCCACUUUGCCGCCCUGCCAGACGCCCACGCAGGAGUACGUGGUGCCCAGGUCGAUGCCGAUCGCCGGUACUUUCACCAUUUUUUUCUUGACGAAAGGAUUUGGAAAUUUGGAAACUUUGAAUUUGAAGACGCGAUUUUGAGUGAAGUUUGCCGCGCACUGUCGGGAUUCACAGCGACGUCGCCGCGUUCGGGCCGAAUCGGACGCCUUCGGUCGUUGCGAUUGUUGUGGAAAAUGCAGAUGUAAUUUUAAAUCGACCUCGAAAAACGCAUUUGCAUGGACUUGUCGUGCUUGUAACUCUUUUUUUUAUCGAUUACCAUCCUACAACAUACAGUUAAUUAGGUACCUAAACCUAUACCAAAUUAUUUUUUUAGAGGAUUACAGCUUCUACGCCACUGCCAUUUUUUACAUUCUAAUCAAUGCAACUUUUUUUGACACAAUUUAAUUAUAUUAUAAUAAUUAUUAUUAACAAUUCAUAACCAAAUAAUUAAUGGUUUCUAAAAAUAUGCAACCAACAUUACACCAUCACAACUGUCAAAAGUCAAAAGUGUUGCCUACUUUCGACAGUCUCGUCGAUUUUCGUAAGCGUUCGUUUGGGAUGUGUGCCAACAAGCCGCCCACCUGUAGAUGAAAUCCUUGAAGAAAACGGCCGUUUGAGAGACGGCGUUGUUUUCACACGGCACAUCCCAGAGCCGACCGAGAGCGGAGCGGAUCCGCAUACUUUAUACUUUCUUUCUUUAAAAGUCAGGUCUGCUUCGGCUUCGGCAACAGGGCGAAUAUACAAGAAAAGUGCACGUUCGCGUAGUGGAGUUUGUGCGACGCUCUUUUUUAUCUCACGAACCGCCGGAGUUGACGAAAAUAAUAAUAUGCGGUAUUUUGAAUUGAACGUUACCUAGAGCGGCGAAUUCGGCGGUUUAGCUCGAGCUAGUGCAAUGUGAUGAAACACCGACGGUUAGUUCUGUGAAGUUGUAUACGGGAGAAGUCCUCGCUAGCUUAGAUCUGGCGUUUUUGACGCGAAAGGUACCUAAAACCUGACAGGUACUCGUCCAUUUCGACGGCAAUGGUACUUACGAUGUAUGGGUAAAUAAACGUGUACGAGUCAGCUAUGGAAAAUAUCGCAAACAAUCUCGGACUGACUUUACCCGAGGAACGCGGAUGGGAGUACAAGCAAAUAUGCGUGACGAGAGUCCCGGGCUACGGAUUCGGGAUAGCGGUGUCGGGGGGCCGGGACAAUCCCCAUUUCGCCUCGGGCGAUCCCAGCAUAGCGGUCAGCGAUGUACUGGCAUCGGGACCGGCCGAAAGGCUCUUACAAGUGAACGAUAGGAUAAUAUCGGUGAACAACAUCUCCCUGCAAAACGUCGACUACGCCACCGCCGUGCAGGUGCUCCGGGACUCCGGCGAUACGGUAACUUUAGUGAUAAAACGACGAACGAUACAGCACAAUCACGCGCACAGCGCCUCGUUCAACGGGCCGCCGUUGGUGUGCCUGGGCACCCAUUCGCUCUCUACCAAAGUCACGCUCACCAAAAACUCCAAAAAAGAAGAUUUCGGCAUCGUCCUCGGCUGCAAGCUGUUCAUCAAAGACAUAUCCUCGAAGGCGAGAGACCAACUGUUGAACACCAACCAAUCGUUAGAAAUCGGCGAUUUCGUGACCAAAUUGAACAACACCAAUUGCAACGACGCCAUGUCGCUGAAAGAGGCCAAGAAGAUCAUCGACAGCUGCAAGGAUAAGCUGCAAAUAACCGUCGCCAGGGAGGCCGGCUACAAUUCGAACGUCUCCCAUCAGACCCAAAGCUCCAUCAGCACCACCGGCGCCGUAAAUAAUUUCUACAAAGGGGACGAUUACCUGACGACCGGCCAGAGUUACUCCAACCAGAACCUGUACGUCCAACCGCCGACGAGGAACCCGAAUUUGAACCAGAACGGCGGCUUCGAGGAGAAAUUGGACCCGAACAGCGGCCCCAAUUCGCUGCCCGACGAGAAGAGCAACCUCGCGCCGAGGGGCCGGUCCCGGGGGCCCCUUUCGGAGGCUAAUCUCAACCAACUCGAGAACCGAAACAGCAUCGCGGGCUACGGGGUUUUGAAGGGCAGAGACGAACCGCCCCGGCCGCCUCCGCCGAGGGCCGAAGAUUACUACAGCAGUCGUAGGCAGAUUUACGAAGACGAUCCCAUCGUACAGAAAACCAAGCAACCCGUCCCCGAUGCUCGAUUCAUAACAUUCCACAAAGAGGGCUCCGUAGGCAUCAGACUGACCGGCGGUAAUCACGUUGGGAUUUUCGUAACGGCCGUACAGCCCGGUAGCCCGGCCUCGUUGCAAGGACUACAGCCAGGCGAUAAGAUUCUAAAAGUGAACGACAUGGACAUGUCGGGCGUAACUCGCGAGGAAGCGGUCUUGUACCUACUAAGCCUGCAGGACAGGAUCGAACUGAUCGUACAGUUCUGCAAAGAGGAAUACGACAACAUAGUAGCCUCGCAGAAAGGGGACAGUUUCUACAUAAAAACGCACUUUCACUACGACAACGCGGCCAAAGGGGAAAUGCCCUUCAGAUCCGGUGAUAUAUUCCAUGUGAUCGAUACUUUAUACAACGGAGUCGUAGGCUGUUGGCAAGUGUUUCGAAUAGGUCGCAACAAUCAGGAGGUGCAGAAGGGCAUCAUCCCGAACAAAUCGCGAGCCGAAGAGCUGGCGACGGCGCAAUUCAACGCCACUAAGAAGGAAAUGUCCGCCAACGAGUCGAGAGGCAGCUUCUUCAAGAGACGAAGGAGCUCGAACCGUCGAUCGAAGAGCCUGGGUAAAGAACACUGGGACGACCUGCUGUUUUCCGAUGCUGUUUCGAAGUUUCCCGCUUACGAACGGGUCGUGCUCAAGCAUCCCGGUUUCACCAGGCCCGUGAUCAUGUUCGGUCCCAUAGCCGACGUCGCCAGGGAGAAGUUGCUGAAGGAUUUCCCCGAUAAGUUCAUAUCUCCGCAGUUGGAUCCGUCCGAUACGAACGGCAAAUCGAGCAAAUCGCUGCAAAACGCCAAUAUAAUAAGACUGUCAGCCAUAAAAGAAGCCAUAUCGACCGGAAAGCACGCCUUAUUAGACAUAACUCCUAACGCUGUAGAAAGAUUGAAUUACGCUCAAAUGUAUCCCAUCGUGGUGUUUUUCAAAGCCGAAACGAAAAUCGUUAUUAAACAACUGCGCCAAGGUUUGCCUAAGUCCGCUCACAAAAGUUCUAAAAAGCUCCUGGAGCAAUGCCAGAAGUUAGACAAAGUGUGGGGCCAUAUAUUUAGUGCCAUGAUAACGCUCAACGACAACACCGAUACUUGGUAUCGCAAAGUUAGAGAGAUAAUCGACAAACAACAAACGGGAGCCUUGUGGAUGUCCGAGAGCAAGGGCUACGACUUCUUUACCGACAUUUACUUCUGUUCCGUACCUCGCCUUUCCAAUUCCCUGCCUCACAAACCCCGCCAAUCGAGGAGCCGUGCGAGGAAACCGGCUCUAUCUAUGUACAGUUCACCCCAAUUCGUCCACCGCACGACACCCUACCGUUACCCCUCCGAACACUACUCCUACUCCGGCAACUUUUCCAAUCUGUCGAGGAUAUCCAGCGAAAGUAGCAUUUUACACGAAUUCCAAUCGAAAGCAAGUAGUAGUCGUGUGUUUUCUAACAGUUUUGGUUCGUUCGAUACGUUGAUUGAUACUAACGCGCAUGAGGGUGUAGAUUCCGAUAGGAACAAUAACAACAAAUCCGCUAACGAACCGAUUUAUUACGAUGUUCUGCACAACGAUAUCGAGGGUCUGAAUCCAAGAAGGAACCUAAGGUACUUUCCCAUCGAAGAAGAAGUAUUCGGAGAGCCCGAAGAAUCGCUCUCCGACGAUUUCCUCUUUCCGAUGUCGUCUCUCCGACUAUCCUACGCCAGCUCGCCCGAGAGCGAUUUGGAACACAGCCCGGGGCCGCCCACCUCGCCCCCUUUGACCGGCAACGCCGGCGGCAACCCCGGCAGAUUGACCAAGGCCAGCUCCGAUCCCAGCGUCGUCAUGCCCGACAGCAGCACCGCCGACAUCCUGCCGCCCUAUCAGCCUAGUUACGAUACGAGGUACGGUUUCGCUAACCAGGAUCCCCAACAGGCCCCUUCGGACAAUCAACUGACCCCCACGGAUUCGCCGUUGAUCAAGGAGGCGCCGUACGCUCUGUCCAAUCAGGAUAUACCGGGCGCCGGCGAUUCGCACGUCCUCUACGGGAAAACUCAGAAUUACAACGAUAAAGUGCCCGCUUAUCCCGCGGAUGCUUACCAGAAACCGGAUUAUCCCAAAAUAACGGACGCGCGACACGACAUUUACAAUUCGCCGGAUAGGAAAAACGAAUUCAACGGGGAUAAAUCUGUUCAACACAAGCGGCAAAUUAGCAGCCUGCACGGUGGGUACAAUCACAGUAAAGGGCAUAGUUUGGUGGAACAGAGCCCAUCGAAAGAGGGCGUUUACGGGCAAGUGCCUGAGCUUCCUCCUAGAGUCGAUAGAGCUAUCAAACCUAUGGGGUUAUUGACGACAACGAAUAAAGUAACGAACGGGAGAUCAGCGCACGAAAGAUUGUUCGGUACGAAAGCGGCUCCGCACGGCGAAAACGCCGACCAGAACAUGAACGAGAACGGCAAUUUCAACAACAAAGCCGGCUCGUUGGACAGAAGUCAAAAUUCUAAAUCGGAUUCCCUUUCGAGUUACGACUCGUACAACAAACAAUCGGCCGGCCGGAUCGGCCCGAACGCUCACGACGAUCUCAAAACCACCCUGUCGAAGAUAGAUCCGUCGGGCAACGUGCAAAACAGCCCUUCGAAGUACAACGCGCGCCCGAGAUGGGACCAAAACUCGCACAGGCACGGCUCGAAAAUGGACCUCAAGUACGGCCCGCCCGCGGGCGAACAGCACUUGGACAACAGCCCGCGCAAUUCCAGGGAAAUGGGCAAAGACAGUCCGAUGGACCCCGCCAGUCCCAGAGGAUCCGUCGAAAGGGACAUAUACAGAUACUCGAAGUCGCCGGGCAAGCAAACCGCGCCCGGCAAGUCCAUCAUCGAAACCAAAACCGACUACGGCAAAUACAGUCGCAACAAUUCCACGCACCACAACCAACCGCCGCCCGAAUACACGCGCAUCUCCCACCAAGAUCUCAGAGAAUCGAUGCUGAGCGUGCACCAACAGUCGCCCAUAAGGAGCCCCCCGAUGCACCACAACGGCUACGAACAGGCCCCCGCGAACCACAUGGGCCCCGCCAACGGCAACACCUACAAACCCGUCCCGCCGCCCAAGCCCAAGAACUACAAACCGCCCUACAAGCCCCAAGGCGGAUACGGCGGCGGUGAAACCGCCAUCCAACCGCCGCCGGUCUACCAGCACAACAAGAGCCACAGCAAUCCCGUCGAUCAACGGGCGCAGAACAUCAAUCUCUCGCAGCACCACAAUCACAACUACUACUACAACACGCCGCCUCACAAUUACCACGCGGCGGGCGAUCCGAACGCGCGUUACGGCCCCGGAGGCGGCGGCGGCGGUCACUACGACAUGGCGCCCCCUUACGCGGAGUCUCCGAGAAGGCACACGAGCAUUUCGUACGCCAGCCGGAGCGAGAUAACGCCCAUAGCGCAGCACCUAGAGGGCGGCUACGGCGACGUGUUGGAGACGAGGCCGCCCAUCGUGGAUUUGCAGGGGUCCAGGGAGCAGAGGGGCUCGGCCUUCGAGCUGUAUAGGAAGCCAGUCGGGCAUAAUUUAAGGGGCAUGGUGGAGAGGCCGGUUUUGUACGGAUCGCAGCCUAACAUAGCUCAAAAACUAAACGCCCCGUCGCCAUCCGCUACUAACUCGCCCAAAAUAACACCCAAACUAACAAAAACGCAAUCGUUCAAACACCAGAAGAGCGAGGGGUUCACGCCGAAGCUCUUCCGCAAGCUCUCGUUCGGCAGGAAAAGUCGCGAAGGUACGCCGAAGGCGGCCAAAAAGUUGUCGUUGCAGGGCGACCCAAUCGACGAGAAUCGGAUUAUGCAGGACGUCAACCGAAACGCUAGGGAUAUGAGGCCGAGCAAGAGGGACGUCACCUCGGCUACCGUGGGACACGGUGGGGCCAGUUUGGUCAACGAGUAUUGGGGGGUUAGUUUGGACGUACCGCCCGGGGCGAUACCGAAAGGGGAAGAGCGGCUCAUUUAUUUCGUUAUAUCGGAUCCACGAUUGUGCGAAAACACGCCGCCUCUAGAUCUAGAUAAUGGUGAAACUAUGCUGUCUCCUUUAGUAAUGUGCGGUCCACAAGGUACUGAAUUUCUGAAACCUGUGAUUCUCAAUAUCCCUCAUUACGCCAAUACUCUACCAAGUUUGGGUAUAUCAUUGAAAGCGACAGAUUCCGAACAAGAUAUCCAUACAGAUUGGGAUAAUAUUCUUCUACCUAGCAAUCAUGCUGCUAAUAGCGUAGCUGUUAAAGUAGAUCAUUUUUAAUUGUUUUAGUACUUAUUUUAUUAUAUUUUUUAUUGUCUUAUAAUUUUUGAUGGAAUAUUAAUCUAUCGAAAUCGAACGAAUAGUUAGUUUGUAGUUACAUUUUAUUAACACCUUAUUUUGCUCAAGUAAAAUCAAUUUAGGUACGGCUUAUUACCAAUUUCUUUCAUACAACACGAAUCUCGAAAUUGACUGAUUUUCCUUUUAAUUAAUUUGUAUGGAUUUUUAAAUGUUAUUAUGUUUAUAUAGGAUAUUGUGAUUUUUUGAUAAGGUAUUUUUGUAGUUUUAAUUGUUAUAGUUAAUCAGCAAUUUUUUUAGAAAUUUGUAUUUUUAUGAAUGCCCUGUAUAAAAUAAGGUUAUUGUUACCUUGCUUUGCACAAUAACAAUUAGUAUUUUUAAGUUAAUUUUAAUCAUCAAUUUUGUUGCGACUUUAAAAUAUAUCGUUAGUUAAGUUUUUUUCCUAAGGGCCGAGAGAUUACUCCCGGUGAUUGAUCUUUCGGCCCUAAAUAUUUUUACAUUUUUAACUUUAAAGAUUUUUUUCUGUAGAUUCUCUAAAUAAAAUAUUCGGAAGGGUAAUGAUCUGCUUAGUAAAAUUACCGUUUCGUAUAAAUUAAUUCAUUUUAUUUGUUGUUUGACACAUAAAAUUCAGAAAUAUAUAUAUUUAAGAAAUAAUUUUGUGUAUAUUAUUAAUAGCUAUGAACAUAUGUAACACACACAAACUUAUCUAUAGCUUAGAAAUUACAGUCAAUAACAGCAUUCUUACAUAUUUUGAGAUCACAAAAUAUAUAAUAACAAAUUCAACAAUCUUCGACAAUAUCUAGUUGUAAUCUAAUCUGUGUGUCUAAGAUAUUGCUAAGAUAAAAACUUGAAAAAUGGCAGUUCGAAAUAUUAUUACACCUAAAUAUUAGGAACAAUUUUGAAUUUAGAUUCUUUAAUUUUUAAUAUAAAAACGCACACAGACAUGUAUUACAACGCGAUAUUUAUCUAUUUUUUUUGUACAACAUCCGGUUUUUAAAAUGAGCUGCCUUAUGACAAAAAACAAACUUGCAGAUUUCCAAAAUACUGAGUUGAACAUUCAAAAUCAAAAUUAUCACAUUAUUUUCAACAAAAGAAAAUAUAAAAAUAUGUUAUAAAAUUAAAAUCAUUAACAAAAAUAAUCAUACACAAAUUGGUGAACAAGCUAAAAUAAUUGUACAUCAAUUUACAGACUAAAUACAAAACGUCACACAAAACCUUGUCAACAAUAAUUAAUCGAUUUUUUUUGCGAAUCAAAUAUUUAAAUGGCAGUCUACCUUACAAACUAAUAGUAAUCCAAACGUAAGAAAACCAACUCAAAUUAAGAUGAAACAAAAAAAGUGGCAGUAGACGAAUUUCGUUCAUUUUAUAAUCUAUUUUAUCGAACAAUUGUGUGAUUUUCCAUAUUUUCGCUGUAAGUUUUUCACUCAUCCUUUCAUAAAUGUAUUAUUUUACUGUAAACAAUGGGCCUUUAAAUUCUCUAUUGCAUUUUUAACACAUAUUUAUUACAAAAUUUCUGAUAUGCGUCUACGUACGUCGCUUAACGACUCGUUCGACGUCUAUACAGGGCAUCCCAAACCCAAUUAUUACUCACGAAUAAACGAAACGAAAAAAUCAACGAAUAAAUCGCCGCGUUUUCCAAAAAAGACAACGAAAACGAGGCGUGAAGAUAAUGUAUUACUUUGGGCUACGCUGUAUACAAAAAUAUGUAUUUUAUUUUCUACGAACGCAAUUCUCCCGUUAAAAAUCUCACUCCGCCACAAUUCGUUUUGCGUUUGUAGAGAAAAUAGUGCACGUAACUCCCCCGUAAAGUUCCUUUUACGAACUCGUUACGUAUCAUACUAGUUUAUUAAAUAAUGAUUGUGUUCGAUUUGUACCUGAGUUCGAAUUUCAAAUUAUUUGGUCGACGUUAAAAAUGCAAUUUUGGUCAUUCGUUCACAUCACAUUCAUAUAUAUUUUUUUGUACAGGGCGUGCGCAAAAUCAAUCAUUGCACCGAAGGCGGUUCAAUUAAAGCUAUUAGAUAGCUUGUACGAAAAGUCGUUAUAAUUGGCAAGUUGUUUCAUUCGUUUAUUAUUUUUUUUUAUUUGAUUGUAUUAGGUAAUAUUAUUUGAACCUUCGGUGUUUUUUGGGCGUUACCCUGUACAUAUAAUUCUACCUUAUAUUAUUAAAUAUAUUAUAUUUCUAUUUCGGAUGCUUCGCAUCCUGUUUUGUACUUUUCGAAUCAUAAAAAAUAUUUACCGAGUAACAAUUCCUAACUAUAAAUUAAAACAAUCGUAACAAGAACAAUUUCGAAAAAAAUCUAACAACUAUUCAUUUUUUUUUGUUUGUUCUCGAGAAAUAUAUGUAUAUAAUAGAAAAUACGAGAUGGUACAAAAGAGUUUUACGACAUAUUUUUGUUCAGAAAUUUCAAAAUAUUCUCAAAAUUCCGCGAAGGAAAAGCAAGCGUUCGAUCGUCGUAAAAUCCACUCUUUGUGAUGUCUUCUAUCUUACAAAAGCCUUAUGUACAAAAGAAAAAAAGCGCUUUUCGGUACGCAAACCGAAGUAUUCCAAACACCCUCGAAAAUUGACUUGAAAAGUUUUUUUCCAAAACGAAGAAAAACCCGUGAAAACGUUAGGUAAUUGCAAAUACUCCAGUCUCAUCGUAACAACAUUCAAAAUAUAAUAUGUAUAGGUACAAUUCUACAAUUUUUCAUCGUUAAUUUCUACCAAACUAUUUCGCUAUAGUACGACUUUCUCGGUAUUCUGUUUUCCCUUUACAAUAUGUACAAGUGUAUCCAAAAAAUGUUGGUACGUAAAAUAUGUAAAAAAACGUACAAACUGCAAGAGAUUCGAUGGGAAAAAGCACACGACAAACGUUUCGAUUAUUCAAAAAAAGCACCAGUACUACGCUUCGACUUACGUUCGUUUUCCAUAAUCUACUCCAAAGGUUUUCAUACGUAAUUUUCGCCCAGAAAAAUCGCCUUUGUGGUUGCUUUUUCCUCACGAUCUCUCCUCGCGUUUGUCUUUUACCGCGACGCAAUUUCGAACCUAAUUUAUCUAAUAUAGAUAAUAAAAGAAACAGCUCGAGCUCUCGAUUUCGUUCGACGAUUUCCGGUUCGUCAGACAACUCAAAAAUCCAACGACGAUAAUUAAGAAAAAUCCAACGUGGACACGAUUACAGAUCAUUCGGGCGCUGUCUUUAACUUCACGUCCUUCUGCUCGCCCACGAUGGCGAUCACACUCUUUUGACAUUCGUUCGAGAUCUUCUCGCCCCCGUCCGCAUCGCAAGCACCGUUCGCGAGGGCCGCCCCGUCGCCGUUCUCCGCGUGAUUAUGCCGAUGAUGUUUCAGCUUCAAAGCGUUCAGCUCCUUCAACAGCUCCACGUUCCUCUGCUCCAGCUCCUUCAGCCGUUCGUCGGUGACCCGAGCGUUCUUCGACAGCCGCUCGUUCUCCUUGCACACGCCCCGCAAAUACUCCAUCACCUUGUCUUUUUUACUCUUAUCGACGUCCUUCAGCAGCUCCUCCAAUUUGUUGAUGUCGCAUUUCUCGGUCUCCGAAGCGCUGUCUUCGGUAUCGGUCGACAGCUCGAUUUCCGGAUUGUACUUCGCCGCCGAUACGACGGGUUUGUCGUCUUCGGGCGGUUCCGUUUUCACCUCGGCGAACUCCUUGCCGUAGCGGUGCUUCUUGGGCAGCGCCGGCGGCGGCGCCAGCGCCACGUUCGGUUGGUAGGCGCCGCCGAAGCGCUCGCUCUCCGACGACGGGACGACGCGCUCCGGGUGCUGGAGCACCGGCGGAUCGCCGGCGUACCGGCCCAUCGCCGUCGCGUGCCGGAUCUUCGACUCCUUGAUGCUCUGCACGACCGGCUUGAAGGCCGACAGGUGCCGGUUGGGCGAGCACUCCUGCAGGUACUGGUGGAUGUAGACCUGGUCCAGGCUGGCGUAGAUCUGUUGCAGGUGUUGCACGUUGUAGGGGAUGUGCGCCAGCGCGUUGUGGUACUCGCUCAGUUUCUGCUUCUUCAACGGCAGCUCGUGGUCUUUGAUGAUCUCCGCCACCGAUGGUACCUGGAAUCACACCAAAUAAAUAUAAAUAACCAAUUGAAUGUUCCAAAAAAAACAUUGGAUAGGUUAGUGUAUUAAAUUGUAAUAAACUCUCAAACUCUCGGAUCGUCGCGCGUAGGUCAAGGUCGACGGUAAAAUAAUCUACGAGUCUAACUAACUGUUAAACUACAUUUUCUUCGAGUAAUUAUUAUUCCGGCGAUCACGUCAAAGGAAUAGAACAAAAAAAAUCGGCUAAUAAUGGCUGUUGGUCACGCGAUCUUGCUCGUGUAAUUACUUUAAUCCCUUCGAUACUUCCACCUAAACGGAUCACAAAUUCGAUUGACAAUAUUGCGUCGAAAUAUUCGUACGCGAUAAUUCAUUAAAGAAAAAAACCGCCCCCGAAACGUGUCCGAUCGCCAUUUACCCGCAUAAUCGCGCUCGACUACCGAAAAAAUAUGAUUAAUUGUAUCCAAUCCCGCACACACGCUUUCUCUAAACUACGACCAUACAAAGCACAAAAGGUCCUUUUUACGCGUAUGUUAAUAGUCGCGUGCUGGGUACACCGGCGACCCUUAAAAAAAUAAAUACAGAAAAAAAACAUUACCAUUCUCUCUCCGACACCCUACCGGCGCGGUGCGUUUAAAGUGCUAUUAACGAAAUUAACAGAACAGAAAAGGAACGGUGAAGAAAAAAAAAACUACAUUCCCAUCGGGUAUAGGCGAAGGAUGCCGGGGGGGUUCCGUACACGGGAAGGGUGCGACGCUAUUUGGGUCAGUAUAUAAAGAGCUUGGUAUAUGACGGAUGGUCGGGAGAGAGGUCAGAAAGCAGUGAAUAGGGGAUUUUUUCGAAAGGGCUCGAAGAAGUCUAAUCGAUGGAAUUCCAUCGGACCUGGAGGAAUCGAUCCAACAUUUUUGCAUGACCUGGUUCUUUUUAUAAUUAUUUUUUGUUGCAAUGCGGAAUGAAACUAGACAAAAGCGCAAAAAUACAUUGGCGAAUUUUAAAGGAAGCGUGUUGAAUAAGAUUGCGGUCUCGUUGAGAUGCAAUUAAGCGAUAAAACUAACAAUUAAAUCGCAAAAGUGUGUCAAUAUGUGUCGUUUUUCACACUCUACAUGAUCCUAGUGUGGAGCAUCAAUAAUUGCUUUAUACAGGGUGCUUUCUAAAAACUUUGAUCGAUCGCUUUCUUUGCAUAAAAAUCCGGUGAUUAUUCGUACGAAGAACGAACGUAAAAAAUAAUAUAGCAUCUUUAACACAUCGUAAAAAAAUGGUUCUCCC